CGCCGGCGAGCCGGGCCUGCCACCAUCGCGCCCCUCGUCCAUCACCACCGCGCACUCGGGCAGCCAGAACCGAUGGUCGCAGGCCAGCCCGGCGCGACGAGGCGGCGGCAUCAGCGUCUCUGGCAGCCUGAGCCACCAGAGCCGUCCCACGACCGCCGCCAGCAGAACCCAUGUCCCCCUCGCUGCCCACGGCUUCUUUCGCCCCAUGAGCUCUCAGCGCCUGCAACAGCAGCGCAACCAGCGCCCCACGUCGCUGCUCGGCCACAGCUCUCUGUACUCGGAGACUGCGCUGGAGCCAAACUCCAAUCCCUACCGCUCCAGUACCGGCUCCACCCAGACCAACCGCGGCGUCAUGACGCUGGGCCUCCACCACGAAGAGGAUCUGCAGCCUCCACCUUCGCGUGGCACCGACAUUACCGACAGGGACAUGCCCGACCGCACCACGGCCAACUCAACUCCCACCGGCGCAGAAACUGUGCGCAGCCACGGCGAGAGCAUCACGCCUCUACAGCGUCCCCGACCCCAGCACCUUAACCUGGCCAAUGUCCACAGCCACGAUGCCGGCAAGAACCCUCCCGCCCCUAGCAAGUCUCCGCGCUCUUUUCGUUCUAGCUUCAUGAUUUCCAGUCGCGAGGGCCGCUCAAACCAAAUACGCCCCCAUCAAGGCCACGAGAAACUCACGUCUGCCGAGCCGUCUCCCCGACUGGCGCGUAAGGAGGCCACCAAAGAGGCAGUCAAGAAGGAGUUGGGUAAAAAUUACCAGUACUUUUCCGGAAACACGGCUUUCUGCUGGGGCGGUCGGCUGCAAAACACGCGCGACAGACCGGUCAAUGUGGCGACGGCCAUACUUAUAAUUCUGCCAGCCUGCCUUUUCUUCGGUUUCUCGGCGCCUUGGCUCUGGCUUAAUGUUUCUCCUGCGAUACCCAUUCUCUUUGCGUACUUGCUUCUCGUUUCCGUGUCUUCUUUCUUACAUGCAUCUGCUUCAGAUCCCGGAAUACUUCCGCGGAAUCUUCAUCCUUUCCCCCCGCCUAAUCCUAAUGACGACCCGCUGAGCCUCGGUCCCCCAACGACUGAAUGGACAAUGGUGGUGUCUGCAACUGGUGUUAAUGCCGCCAUGGAGGUGCCGACCAAAUACUGCAAAAGCUGCAACAUUUGGCGCCCUCCACGCGCUCACCAUUGUCGCGUAUGCGACAACUGCAUUGAGACUCAAGAUCACCAUUGCGUCUGGCUCAACAAUUGCGUCGGUCGCCGCAACUAUCGUUACUUCUUCGUCUUCGUUUGCGCCACUACUCUGUUGGCAAUCUUUCUUCUCGCUGCUAGCCUAACGCACCUUUUGGUCUGGCGAACUCGAGCUGGUGUGUCCUUUGGUGCUGCCAUAAACGAGUGGCGUGUGCCCUUUGCCAUGUGUAUAUAUGGACUCCUCGGCUGGAUGUACCCUUUCAGUCUUGGUGCAUAUCACCUUUUCCUAGUUGGGAGGGGUGAGACGACCCGUGAAUACCUAAAUUCCCACAAGUUUCUCAAGAAGGACCGACACAGGCCCUUUACUCAGGGUUCAGUUCUGAGAAACUGGUUAGCGGUACUGCAACGUCCACGCCCACCAACGUAUCUCCAUUUCAAGAGGAGUUACGAACAAGGUGAUCAGCGAUUUGGGCCUCGCAGAGAUAAGCGAACAGCCCCGUUGGCGCCAGAGCAGCAAGGAGGAGGUGUGGAAAUGCAGGACGUUCGUGCUUCAGAGGUCUUUCAGGGCCCAGUAGGUCGAAAUACUGUGGAAGUUGGUGCUGCUUAG